GGCUACUGGUGUUGGGAGAGUGGCGGUGGUGGAGGCCGUGGUACACCAGUCCUCCAGGUAUAGGGAAGUCCCUCUGAGCGUGGAGCAGUGACACUUGGUCUACACCCCCAGGAGUAUUGUACUGGCUACACUCACCACGGGUCCACAUUCACCCACGUAUACCCAGUGGGCCCUCAAGAGGUCACACUCAAAAUCCGGUGGAGGUUUAGCAGGGUGUGAGUGUAUUGAUCUGUGAGAGUGACGCGACCAUCUUCCAGUGCCGCGGGAGACGUCUACACACCAGCAUGGACUCGUAAUCACUCUCCCAACUCUCACACUUGUACACCCACUCGCACCACUCUCAUUCCUCUCCAAAAGCUGACCAGGUGCUGGUGACAGGAUGAGGCUAAAACGCAGUGCAGAGACCGAGGCGCCCGCCGCCCCGGAGACUGUGGGGGGCCCUGAACCAGAAAACAUCACGGAGGGACCCGACCUGGUGAUGCCGAUUACGGAGGCGAGCGAUAUGCCAGACCUAGAACCCUCCACCACGACAAAGUCAACAGGGGACAUGAUAAAGGAGGAGAUGAUGGAGACAGUGGGCACAGUCGCGGAGAAUUUAGGCAUGCCAGUGGAGGGCCUCAUAGCUAUCCUUGUGGGUGUAGGGAUCGUAAUCCUCGCCAUCUGCUUGUGCUGUAUCCGGCGAUGCUUCAGGAAGCGACGCACCAAGAAAGGCAAAGAUGGCAAGGGCGCCGACAUGAAGUCUGUCCAGCUACUGGGAUCUGCUUACAAGGACAAGGCUGACAUGGAGGAACUAACAGAAAAUGCAGAGGACAUGGCCGAAGAAGGAGAAAGCAAGAAAAGUGAAGAAAAACUUGGCCGUCUAAACUUUAAGCUGGAGUAUGACUUCAACUCCAACAGUUUGAGUGUUACGGUGAUCCAGUGUGAGGAACUCCCUGCGCUUGACAUGGGUGGUACCAGUGAUCCCUAUGUAAAGGUGUAUCUGUUGCCGGACAAGAAGAAGAAAUUCGAAACUAAGGUCCAUCGCAAGACGUUGAAUCCCGUGUUCAACGAGACUUUCACGUUCAAGAUCCCGUAUGCCGACAUCAUGUCCAAGACCCUCGUCUUUGGCAUCUAUGACUUCGACCGCUUCUCAAAACACGACCAGAUUGGUGAGGUCAAGAUCCCUCUCUGCCAAGUGGACCUCGCCCAGACGAUCGAAGAGUGGCGUGAUCUUGUAUCUGUGGAAGGCGAUGGUGGCCAGGAAAACAAGUUGGGCGACAUCUGCUUCUCCCUGCGUUAUGUGCCCACGGCCGGCAAGCUCACAGUCGUCAUCCUCGAGGCCAAGAACCUUAAGAAGAUGGAUGUCGGUGGCUUAUCAGAUCCCUACGUCAAGAUCUGCCUCAUCCAGAACGGCAAACGACUGAAGAAGAAGAAAACUAGCAUCAAGAAGUGUACCCUCAACCCUUACUAUAACGAAUCCUUCUCCUUUGAAAUUCCCUUUGAACAAAUCCAGAAGGUGAACCUGCAGGUGACGGUGGUGGACUACGAUAGGAUUGGUAUUGAGCCCAUUGGUCGGUGUGUGCUGGGUAUGAACGCGUCGGGCACAGAGCUGCGUCACUGGUCAGAUAUGCUUUCGACGACCCAUCGCCCAGUGGCAUACACUCAUGAUCCUGAGGAGGCCGAUGCCAUCCUCACGCAGAAAUAAAUAGGUUGCUGUCAUUGGUAGCCUGAGAGAGUGCAAGAUGGCCUCAAACAAACCAAGGGGAUUGAUCCGAGUCUUCAGAUAUGUGGACAUAACUAUUAAGAUACUGUGCUGGAUCUAUAAGACGGGACCGAAUUCCUCAUUAUCAGCGAGCUGUGGUUCUUGAUUUAACAUUUCCUGUUAUUAGACCAGGUGAUAGUUGUAUAAAAGCCCUUUCAUGAUAUUUGCGACAUGUUUGAUGUAUUUCAGGAUUAUCUACAAUUUAUAGUUAGGAUGAAGAGGACGGUAGAGCUGUAUGGUGUAGAAUGAGUACAGUACUGACAAGUAUACACUGAACUUCAUGACUUAAUACAAAGAUAUAGGAGAUAUUCCAUAUAAUAAUUAGAUUAAAUAGUUCAAACGUCACUUUUAGAGUGAACCAUUUCAGGAGCUUUCUAGGAAUUCGGUCAGAAGCCAUCUUGCAUGUUUUAAGACAAAUAACAUUGGAAUGAGAAACUGAAAGUAAAUUUCCAACACAUUCUUAAUCCUUGGAGAGAAACAGUCCAACACAUUGUAUAAAAUAAACAAAGUAUAAGUGACCAGAGCUGCAGCAACACAAGAAUCCUCAGAGAAAAUCAAACUCUUCUAAACCUUUUUUCUGAGCAUGCUGGGUCUGGCUCCAACCUCUUAAGGGUUGACAUGAACUUAUUAAGAAAGUUAAGUCAAACCUUUUUUCAGAGGUUCAACUAAAGUCUUUAAAGUUGAUUGAGUCAAAUUUCUUAAAGGAAUAUGUCGAACCUUUUGUAAGGCGGGCAUGUCAAACUUAAAUUUAAAAGGUGUUUGUGGAACCUUUAUCAAGAGGACUGAACCUGAUAUCUUUAAGAAGUCAGCAAGGACCAAUUGGGGAGGUUGGGGCACCGGGCUGAGUGACGUUCAUCAUCUCUUACUGAGGUUGCCACACUUCGGUCUCUAUAGGUUCUUCUGUAACACCUAAAUCUUUCUGGUGUACUGAUAUCAUCAACCUGGGUUUCCCCGCUCCCAAGAUGACCCGCAGUGCGACUAGUGUUCAGCAGCUAGCUUUAAGGCCCAAUUGAUCAGUAGUCAUCUAUUUCUGGGGCCCACAUGACUAGCUAACAGCUAUAUCUGAGGUCCAGUGGCAAGUAAACAGUAAUUUCUGAGAUCCAAAUGACUAGCAAACAGCUAUAUCUAAAGUCCAGUAAACAGCUAUAUCUUGAGGUCCAAGUGACUAGUUACCAACUACUACUGAGGUCUAGUGACUAGUUGGGAACUAUUUCUGAGGUCUAGGUGACUAGUAAAUAACUAGUUAACCAGCAAACAGCUAGUUAUAAGAUCCAAUUGAUUGAUGAGUGCUGUUUGUACUGAUGAUUAAUUAAAACAGCCAAACUAGCUUCACCUGACUAGUCCUGCCUGAGACCAAUACUAGCCACUCGGGGGCAUCUCUGAGGAAGCGGCAGAAGCUGUUUUGUUGAAUAGUGACAGUAGUAGAUGUUGUUGUUGUUUAUUUUAGUUUGACUUACUUUUGAGUAGUCAAUUUUCCUUGAUGCAUAUCUUGUCUGGUAUGUGCAUCCUGGCUUCAACCAAAGAUUAUGAUUAAGACUAUAGGGAGGUCAAUUUUUAGCGGGUCUUAACAAGAGUCUACUUCACCAAGGGGAGGCUCUGUCUGGUCCAGUCAGAGUCUGCCCCACGAUUUGAUAUUUAAAAAUGUCUCAACUUCUUUCUGGUCUGUACUCGCCUUAGGAGAGAAACUAAGAAGAACAUUUUGACCAUAAAUGUUCUGUAUAAGAGUAAAGGGAUCUUUUUACCCCAAAGCAUAGACUAAAGCGUCUGUAUACUGAUUCUUUAUCAAGAACAUGAUUAUCCGAAAUGUUGCUUGUGCUGGGCUGUAUCUUGUGUUAUAUCAAGUGAGAAUUUACAUUUGUGUAAUGUUAUGUAUAUAUAUAUAUAUAUAUAUAUAUAUAUAUAUAUAUAUAUAUAUAUAUAUAUAUAUAUAUAUAUAUAUAUAUAUAUAUAUAUAUAUAUAUAUAUAUAUAUAUAUAUAUAUAUAUAUAUAUAUAUAUAUAUAUAUGUAGUGAAUAUGGUUUACUGCCUCAGAUAAGCAACAUUUUGGAUAAUAGAGUGACGUCAGUGUUCAUGCUAGCCAAUGAGAAUUUGAAUCUGCGUUGUGUUUGCGAGUUAGCAUUUGCAGUAGUGUUUUGGUUAGGCUUUCAUAAACUUUUGAGUCAAGAGAAAUCAUUCAUUCAUUUUAUAUGUCUGCUAUGUUUUGGAAAGUAAAUGUUUAUAUUACAGGAUAUGUAAACAUAUAUAAACAUUGACAAUGUUCCAUUAUAAAGAUGAAUGUACAGUAACAUAAUUAGGUCUAUCUACUUACUCACACAUGCUCUUCUUCUUCUAGACAGCAGACAUAAUAAGUAUGGCUGAGAACAACCCCGUAUUACGGUCUUUUCCAUGUUUUCAUGUGUAUCUUCUGACCUUUAAGCAGGACAGCCGUGGGUUCAAGGUGCCAUAUGGAAUUUAUAUAUAAUUUAUAUGUUGACUGUUUAACUCCUAUGAUAGUGUAUGUUUUAUCAAACCCCUGUGAUUCGUUGGAUCAUUAAUUAUUACUGUUGAGCCUUUUAACUAGUCCUUUGAUAGGAAUUAUCGAACAAAAAUAGUUUGUAACAGUGUAAAAACUUAGCCCAGGGUGGGGAGAAUAACUUGUAUAGUAUACGCCCCACACUCCAUAGGAACUAUCCGUAUUUACACAUAUUCUGCCUUUAUAAAAUUAUUUUGGCUUAUAAAGAUUUUCAUUUUAUCUGUGGAAAGUCCAUUUUAAUCCCAUUUUGAUUGGCCGAAUUUGUGGUGAUAGGCCAUAAGACCUGGAGAUAGCAGGGAACGAGUUGAUAGCUAAGCCCCUGUGAUGAUGUGGCCUGCUGAGACUCCGUGCCAGUCAACCAAAUAAAUUAUAUGACAUGGCUGUCCAUAAUUAUCUGAAACACUGUGAUUACGUGGCCUGCUGAGACUCCUAUUCUGUGAUUGGUUAACCAUAUAAAUUCUAUGGCAUCUAAUCCGUAAUUGGCUAAGAACCCUGUGAUGAUGUGGCCUGCUGAGAGCCUCAUAGCUUUGUGAUUGGCCACCCAUAUGUGAUGUGGCAAUCCACGAUUGGUUGCCUGUUAUCUCUUUAUCUUGGGCAUGAUAUCCUAUUGGAGGAGUGUGGGGCCGUGCUCUGUGUUGUUAAUAUCAUGUGCCGAUCAUCUCAUAUCAGAUGGGGACGGGGCCGGAGCGCCUCUCAACAACAGUCCACAUCCAUCGCCUCAUUUAGCUUUAUUGUAGACAAAUUCCAAGUCCAGUCCAGUCGAUAAUGAUCAGACACACACACACACAUACACACCGCUUUCUUGAACCCAAUCCUCAGAAGAACUCGGAGGAGUCGAGACUCGAGAAGGCAUGACCAAUCUUCCAAUUUUUUUCUAUACCUUCCUUAUGGUUUGCCCCGCGGUGUCAUCUUUGGAAGGGGGGGACAUCUCUAGUGAUCAUUAAACAGUCUUCUUUGGGGAUUAACUAAGGUAUUUGUUUCAUUGAUUUUAGAACUUCAUUAGAGUUUCAUACACAGUAUGUGUUGGGGAUUUAUCUAAGGAAGGCUUCGUCGGAGUUCAUCUAAAGGGACAUUUUUUUAGAUUCAUCUCUGGGAUUCAUCAAGGGAGGGGCCUAAGUCUUCAUUUUGCGUUAGGGUUUUAUCUAAGGUAGGAGUCUCUGCAGGUUCAGCUUUUGGGGAGGAAGGCUAUUCAUCGGUCUUUUAAAGGUUCAUUUAAGGGGACUUUCCAGGGUUCCUAUAAGGGGGGGGAGGGCUGGCUUUCAUAUCUUCAGCUGUGGACGGGACAGGGGAGAGCAUGACCUGACUUGGGGUCACCUCUGCCAGGCUUGAGUCAAUGGAUAGCUCUCUUGUCUAGGAUAUAAUCAGGGAUUCCCAAGAGCUUUCCAAUGGGGUGCCAUCCUUUGUCUUGACCCAAAUUAUUUCUCUCAUUUUUACUCAUUCUUGUUUAUUCAUCAGCUGUCUGCCAAAACUCUUAUUGUUGAUUUCACAUUUGAUGAUGUGACUUUUCCUUUCUGUUCCACUCAUUACUUUCUUGUUUCUUUAAUUCGAAUGGUUCGACUUUCACUCUGCCUCCUCCGUCUCCCACCUCUCACUCUGCCUGUCCUCCAUCUUUCACCUCGUACUCUACCUCUCCUCCAGUCUUCCUACGUGAUCAGUUCUCCCCUUGUAGAAAAAAAAUCACUGACUUUUCCUCCUCUGUGUUAAUGCUUCCUCAGAACUUCGCCAAAUAACUAGUACAUUGGUAUGCUGUCUGUCACAACUUGAAAUUUUUCUAAAGGUUUGUUAUGCUAACCUUCCUCAAUGUCAUUGCUUUGUGUGUCUAUACUUCUGUAUAAAAGUGUAUGUAUGUAACCUAUGUGAGAGCAUGGCCGAGGCCUAAUACAGUGAAUCCACUGCAUUAUAAAUAUAUUAUUUUCUGAUACUGUUUGUGGCGUAAAUGUAAUAUAUAGCAAAAAAAAAAUUAUGACUAAUCUCUCCCUUGGAAAUGAUCCUGAUGUCCAUUACUCAGAAGAGAUAAAGUCCAAAAAACAAGUGACAGACGGCAUUCAAGAACCUUGUAGGAUCCAGUCUUCGUCAUCAUCACUGGCGCCAUUCUUCAACUGGGUCGGAUACUAUAUAAUGUAAAGAUAUGGAAUUAAAGUCCUUUUAACCUCUUUUUAUGGCAAUCUUUGCAACAGAAUGGUGUUCAUAGCAUUAAAUUUCUAGCAUAGUAGAUUUGGCACAUUUUUUUUUUU